GCGCGAUGCUUGCGUUUCUGGCUCUGUGCACCUCGACAUGCGAUGUGAGGCCUCACGGGCAACCUGCCGCAGGCAAUUUGGGCCCAAGCCUUCUUCAGGUUUUUCUUCGACGGAGCUCGCGUCAUUCGCGGAGCCGCGUCGUCCCGGGCGGGGUGGGGCAGACUGGCACGCAGCACAGCACCGAGCCUUGUCGGCGGCAGGGACGUGGCAGGAUGUGGUCGCAGGAGCCAGCCAUGGUCCUCGGGGCGCAGACGAGGCCCCAGGUCGGCAUUGGCGAGCAGCCAGGUAUGGUCGCCUCGCUGGCCGCGCAGCCGCGCGUGUCCAUGAACGAGCUGCGCGUGCUGCUGCGCGAGAAGAUGCUCGAUCGUCAGCCCGCCGGGCACGGCGGUGGGCCGCCCGGCAACUUCGCGCACCCGCGGGCGCACAGCGAGAGCGCCGAGUUGGACGAUGCUUCCACGGUGAGCAGCCAGCAUGGCGCUUUCGAUCCAAAAGGCAGUCCUGUGCGCUCACCGAUACACCGCGGGACGAUCGAUGUCGUAUACUCCCGAGGGCCGUGCGGGCGGCACGAGCGCAGAGAUGCUCCAGGCCACCCCGUGCGUCCACACCAGGGCCGCAUGGUCAACAAGGCUGCGGGCACUCAGAGCGCAUGCGGUCCUCGGGACACCCACAGGCCGCCAGGUCAGUUCGCAUACAGUGGCAUGUUCGAAGAGGAGGGUUUCCACAACAUGCGCGACUACGAGGGCGUCAGCAGACCGCAGGGCAGCCUGACCCACCCGUGGAGCAGCGGCGAAAACGCCGAGGCCACGAGUUCCCAGGGCGCGAACCACUACCCGGACCCCUGCCAGCCGCCAGGGAGGUGCACCCACCCGCGAGGCGUACUCGGGGGCAUCGACGCCGCGGGCCCGCAGGGCCAGUUCCAGUGGCCGCAAGCGAGACGCACCGCGGCUCGUGGCUCGGGCCCCCAGGGCGCGCGCAGCCACCGAGAUCUCCGCAGUCCGCCGGUGCGCGGCGCCUGGCCCCAGGAGGGCUACGCGGCGUUCGAGACCACCGACCGCCCGAGCGCGAAGCAUCGCAGAGGCGCGAACCACGAGCCCCCGAUGGUGCUCUCGCACCCGCAGAUAAACUCCGCGAUCAUCAAGGCUGCGGACUCGCGGAGCAUGAGCUUCCUCGUGGCGACAGUGGAGACCCACCUGCCAAGCAUGAACAUUGUCAACAUCGCCACGUCCAUGUUCAGGUGCGGCAAACUGGCGGCCGACUCGCCGAGAGUCCGUGUCGAGUCGGCAGCGACGGUGACGAAGCUGGUCGCCGCGGCACAGUCAAGCCUGCAAGCGCUUCCGCCAGGCGAUUGUCAGACACAGGCGAUCAGUAACAUCGCCUGGUCCCUGGCAUCGAUGCAGCUCCAGGAGAAGGACCUGCUCCAAUUGCUGGCGCGCAUGGCGAUCGCGAACUUGUGGUCGUUCAAGCACAUCGAGUUGUCAUCCAUGUUGUGGGCGUUUGCGAAGCUAGGGGCGGACAAGGUCAUGCCAGCGGUCACUCGGGAGCUGUUCUACAGAGCGGCCGAGAGCUUCGACGGCGCGCUCGGGGAACUCUCGCUACGCACUCUCUCGACCAUAUCGUGGGCGCUUGCGACUGCCAAGCAGGACCCGAGCGGCUUGUUCUGGGCUCUGGCCACAGAGAUCCGUCGAAAAGCAAGCGAAUCGACGCCCCAGGAGGUAUCCAACAUCGCGUGGGCUUUCGGGACCGCAGGACACAAGGACACCGCGAUGCUCGAUGCCCUGGCGGAUUCUGCCAUGCGGCAACUGCACAAGUUCAAGGCACAGGAGAUCUCCAACACGCUGUGGGGCUUUGCCGCGAGCAUGUACUACCAUGCAGCCUUGUUCCAUGAGUCCAUCUUGCAGGCGGAGCACAUGCAGUUGAAUCCCCAGCAUUUGGCGAACAUGUUGUGGGCGUUCACCCGUGUCAGGCCACGCCGCACCACCACCCGCCAGGCGGUCGCGCUGCUGGCGCCGCGCUGCACCAGCGUGAUGGACACGAUGAAGCCGCAGGAGUGCGCAUCCGCGCUGCUCGCCGUCGCCAAGGCGUUCGGGCAACUGGGAAGGAAGCGCGCCGCCGCACCCUGUUACGCAGCCGGACCAGAAGAGGGCCACUGUCCGCCAGAGGUGCUGCAGUUCUGCCACGCGGCACAGCACUGGGCCACGCGCCGCAUCAGCAGUUUCUCCGCCCAGUCGCUCGCCAACGUGAUCGCGGCAUGUGCUGCCUUGGGCCUGGACCGCUUGGCCAGGGUGGCCCAGACGGAGGUGAUGCAACGCUCCCUCAAGCUCCCGCCAUCUGGGUUGGUGGCCUUGCUCAGGGGGCUCCUGUCCAACCUCGCGAUCCCGAUCGCCGCCGCGUGCCCCGUGGCGAACUCCUUGGCGCACAACUUCCCGUCGAGCCCCGGCGACGUGAGCUCGUUGUCCCGCCUCUUCUUGUCCCGACACCCAGAGCGUUCUGAGGAGCCCUCUCGCGCCGAGCUGCUCGAGUGGUGCGUGCAGCUCUCCCUCGACGCCUCGGCGGCCUGCGCGCGGGCGGCCGCAGCGGGCGCGGAGGCGCACCCCGAGGGCGAGGAUUGCGGGAGCCCGCGGAGCGACGGCGGCGCGGAGCCGGCGGUGCACCGCGUGAAGAACACUUUCAUCGAGUGCCUCGACGAGGAGAUCGCGGACAUGAGGACAAAGGCGAACUUCUUCUGCUCAGCACCGCCGGUGGUCCGCAAGGAGGAGCGCGUUACGAUCUAGGUCAUGAUCGCCUUAGUUGCCGAUGGCGCGAUUGCGGAUCGGUUGCUCGUGGCACUCCAAAUCUGCGAUCGACACACUUGCAUGGCCAAAACGUAACCAGUAUCGAACAUCCCGUUGAAUGGCGGAGAUGACAUCGUGUCUUCAUUUUUUCUGAGCGGCGGCACGACCUCUGAGAUAUCAAGGUGGCACGUUCGCUGAUAAGGCUCAGGGGAAACACUCCGCCAGCCGAUGUACUCGAAGGACGUUUUUUUACGACUCCGUUAUAGGCCAUCAGCGAUUGCCACGUGCCGUUUUUGUUUUGAACUAUCUCGUUGCGCAGAGCACUGGUGUACCUACAUGUUGAGUCGAUUUCGGCCCGGCAGAAGUUUAAUUCAUUUUUGACGUGCGAGGAUUUUAGUCUCCGGCGGAAGCCGCAAGACACAAAAGUUACGUCCGUGACAAUUUUCCUGUCUACUGAACUUUGCUGUGCCAACCUCCCCUGACGUGCGCGAGCAGACGCACGUGCUGCUGAAGGUAUAUACUUCCCAUUUUGGUGAUGUAUUCGGCAUAAGCCCCCAUUUGUUGUUGCUCCUCUCUCUCUCUCUCUUUAUCUCUCCCUGUCGGGGCCCCGAUAAUUGCGCCACGGGGCGUCGAAUUACAUAGCCCGCCUUAUCGCGGCAUGGCGCGCCAUUUUCUCCCGCUUUGAUGCGGGCUCAGAAGUGCCGAGAGAGAGAGAGAGGCAUACACAUGCCCGAUGGAGACCCCGGUCAAGCAGCUCGGCGAACAAUGGCCCGAGCGACGUGGGCACUCACACGGGCAACUUGCCGAUCGGAGUCUUGCAAGCAGGGGAG